AAUCUGUGGUAACUUCAAUUAAACAAAAUGGCCGAUAUGCUAUAGGAUUCAAUUUUUAUCUACGACAUUAAGUUUUAAUAAGAGACCAAAAUAUGUCCAAAAGGGAACCAAAUGAACGAAAUGAAAGAAAAUUGGAUGCCAGUGAUUAUGAAAACAUCAUUUCGCAGCAUAACUUAUUUGAAUCGUCGAGGCCUAAACAACAAGAGCUGCCAAGUUUUCCAGGGUUUUCAAAUGCGGAAACACAAACAAAAACGAGUGAUAUCAAAGGUCAAGGGGCCCAAACAGGGUUAGGUGCAUGGCCUUAUAAUCCUUGGUGGAUGCUGGCUAGCACUUCUAGAAGUGUACCAUCUCAAGAUGACUUUUCAGAAGAAAGUGACCAAGCAAAAAUAAAGCAAGAACCUAGCGGAGCGGGAACCCCGGAUCAUGAGCCAUUACAAAAUGAUCUUGAACAAUUUCAUACUCCAACUCCUCCUGCAGGACUUGAUUCUUUUUGUGAUGAUUGCUCAGACCCAUUCUGCGAUUCAAGUGCAGCUUUAUGCCGCCAGUUGUUUCACUGUCCUCAUUGCAGAAAGAGUUAUCCUACGAUUCUCGAAUUUAACACACACUUAACGGGUGUACAUCCAUCUCAAAAGCCAUUUAGGUGUCAGAUAUGUUUGGAGCCUUUUCAUAAAAAAUCUCAUUUACGCAGGCAUUUGGAUUCAAACCAUUCACGUAAAGAUGUAAAUAAAUGCUCAGUUUGCUCCAAGUAUAUAAAAGAUAAAAGCAACCUCCGUAAACAUAUGCAAGUGCAUACAGGUCGUGUCCCACAGAAACAAUUUAAAUGUGACCUGUGUAAUAAUAAACGUUAUAUGUCACUGGACCGAUUAAAUAAUCAUAAAGUGGUUUGUACAGGUGAAAAGGUGUUGAAAUAUUGCGAUAUGUGUACUAAAGUGUUUGAUAAUUCACGAUCAUUAAAUAGUCACAAGAAGGUCCAUGCAAGAGAAUUGAAAUGUGAAAAUUGUGGUGAACAACUUCGGUCUCUAGAGCAAUUCAAUAGUCAUCAGUUAGUUUGCCUCGGAAACACAGCAGAGGUUGGAAUCAGUGCCUCGACUAGUAGUGCAGCUUCUGUAAGCCGUUGCUGCACAGAACCUGGUUUGUGUGAACACGAUAAACCUGCCUACUUGAACAUACCUAGUUACGCAGCAAGUAGAGUGCUGGACGCAACACUUUCUUCAUUAAAAACAGAAAUGAACUGACAGCACAUAUAGCACUCUUAAGCAGUAUGUAUAUUUAUUCUUACAUUGAGUUCAUUUUAUACAAAUUACCAAAUAGUUAAAUGAAUGAUGGUUAUAAUUUUUCACAAUCAAAAAUUACACAAGACUGAUGCAAAUAUCCCGCCUCACAACUUGCUUUAUUAUUACCAUUAAAAUUUAAAUUGUAGCUAGUAAGUAAAUUAAUUUAAGUACUAAUAAUUUUAUGUAUAUCCAAUAUCCAUGUAUGGUUGGAAAUAUUAAAUCUGUUAUGUACUGCCAUCAUUGGGCAAUUUUUAUAUUGCCUUGUGGAUAUGCAUGAAAUUGAAUAUACAAUUUAUUUUUAUUUAAUUACUUAAUAGAUACCACCUAUAUUCCAUAAAAGCAGCUUUACUAUUUAAAAUCAGAAUCAAUAUUUACAUACAGUACAUGAUAUAAUGUACUUUAUUAUUUGAAUACUGUUAACGCCUUGACUGAUUUAGACUACUAUUAGUGUGCAGUAUUACAUUUAACAUUUUUUUUUUUCUAUUUUUAAAUUGUAAGAGCUAUAUUUUUUUUAUAAUUUUUUAGAAUAAUUUUAAGGUACCUAAAAAUAAAGGAUAGACAUAGUUAAUAGUUAUAGCAACUAUUUUCUAAUGCUUUAACAUACUUGUUUGUCUAUAGACGCAUGUAAACUUAUAUACAUAAUAUAAUUUUUGUAAUGUAUUAUGCAUUACAUAUUAAAGACAAUCAUUUUAAUAAGAGACACUUGAAUAAUAAUUAUACAAUUAACUGAGUAUAAGUGCAAUCCAUACAAGGCUAAGCCAUGCAUAGUGUGUUUAGUAUAUUAUUAAGAGAGAAUAACUCUAAAUGGUUUUUAUCUUUCAGUGUAACAUACUCAAAUAAUUUGUAUAACAAUUAAAACCCAAACAAUUUUUUUUUGUUUAAAAUUUAAAGAAUAUAAUUCUUAUUGAAUUCAAAAAUUGUCCCAUUAACUUUGUAAAGAAUCUAUGUAAGAAUUUAUUAAUAAGCACAUCAUUAUAUUAUCAUUUAAGUUUUAUGUUAUGAUAUAAAAUUAUUCUUAUAUUAACAUUUAUACACUGUUACUUUAAAAGAAAUGAGACUUCAACUUUGAAGUUUGUUUAUUUGUUGGUAAUUUAAAUUUUGUUUUAAACACAAACUUGUUUAUUUAAUAUAUAGUUUUAAAAUAUAUAUAUCUGGUAUGUGUUAGCUCAGUUAUUAUAUAGGAAAAAAUUAACAUAAAAAAUCAUAUAAAAAUAUUUAAAAAAUCGUUCAUGAUUUUUUCAUAAAUUUUUACCUUAUUUACAAUACAGUAGCAACUCCAUUAACCGGACUAAUUUAUGUUGGUAGGCAGUUACAAAACUUAUACAUAAUAUGACAAAAUAUGAAGGGAAGUAUAUUUUUAAAACGCUUUUAUUAGCUUCACCAUGAAUGUACCUACUCCUUUAGACUCGAUUUUAACCAAUUUUAAAUGGACAUUAUUUCAAACUUUGUACAGUUAUCAAUGACUGGUGACAAUACAGUACUUUCAUGAGUUUAUCUUAAAUAUCGCCAUAACGAUCGCCAUGAAUACCUGAGUUAUUUCAGCAAAUGAGAUAAUUCAGUUAAUAACAUCAUUAAACCGAGUUUUUUUUAUUCAUUUUUAUUAAUUAAACCAUUUGAACGCUGUAUUCAGUAAAUCGACUAUACCUUGGAAAUUCGGAUAAUCGAAUUUCUACUGUAGUAGCAAACAGUUGGCUAAGAAAAUUUUAAUAUAUUUUAACUUUUAAUCAUUAGUAUCAGGGAUGGUGUCGCUUAAAAAAUCUGAUAAUGAAUCUCACUACUUUGUUAUUCAUAGGUCACAUUUUUAAUGUAUGAAUUCUAUAUAUGAGGAUGCUGCCUGACAAAAGAACAAUUACUUAAAAACAGAACAUCGAGAAUUCAUUUCGAUAUAUUUAUUUUAUCAAACUCUUGUUUCAUUUGUAAACAUGGUUCUAUUAAAUACUAUCAGAAAAUUAUUUAUGUCCUGGAGCCUCUACUCCAUUUUUGUCCCGAGACCUUUCGUAAUGCAGCAUUGCUCUCAGGGUACAGAAUUAUUUCAUUUUAACAACCAUAUUUGUUAUUUUUAGUUGUUAAUAGUAUAAUGAAUGAUUUUUUAAGUAUUUUCAACAAUAUUGGUUAUUUCCGGAAAAUAUUUAUGCGAUAUCUGAUAUCCAAUGUAUAUAGUUUUAUUAACUAUUUCAAUACUAAAACAUUUUUUUAGAUUUAAAAAAUAUUGUUAAAUGCAUAAAUAAGGUACAAUAGUACAAAUGAAUGGUUUAUUAUUCACGGUUUUUAUAAGAAUCACUUCAACAGGUAGGUAUUGAUAAUUUGUCAUACGAUAAAAAAAUAAUUUUAUAAAACUUACAGAAACAAGAUAUGUAACAAUAAUUUUGUCUUUCAUUGUUUUCAAUUUUGUACUCAUUUUUAAUAACACUGUUAAAUUCUAAUAUAGUAAGUGUACGGAGAAAUUAGGAGUGGAUAGGCUGAGGUUUUAUUUUUAUGCACCUAGAAUUAAGAAAAAAAUGUGUUCAUAUGGUUUAGUUGUACCUAGAUUAAAAUUAGUUUUACGUUUGCUUAUCGGGUACUGAAAUG